GAAAUCUAGGGUGUCGCCGUGGUGGCUCCAUUCGAAGGCGACGGCGGUUGGUCGGUCGUCUCUGUGUUUGUCCUCUUCUAAACUCCACAAACGGACCCGGUACAGACUGUCGGUUCAGAUCCAGCUGUCAAACGAGAUCUGUGCGGUUCGGCAUCGCUGGGAUGAAGCGGAAUAUCUUUCAUUUGAAUCAGAUCGCUGGUGUAGUUUGAAGAAAGAGAGUCGGGCGGAGGAGCCAUUUUGUCCCGACAGUGUGAGAGAAAGAAAGACAGAGACAUUAAAAACACCAGACACCACACUUUCAGAGGAAACGCACAUCUUAAACAUCUCCUUUGGAGUUUAAAAAAGAGGCAACAGAGGAAAUCAAAGCAAUUCAGCUGUGAGGAGACUGUCCGUUGUGUGUUUUUGGAUAACACACACACACACACACACACACGCACGCUUUUCCUUUAACACACACUCGGUGUCUAUAGAUUUCUCAUCAGUGUGUGUUUAUAAGAGCUCAGAUGGCGAAGAAGACAUAUGAUCUGCUCUUUAAACUGCUCUUGAUUGGUGAUUCUGGGGUGGGAAAGACCUGCGUGCUGUUCCGAUUUUCAGACGACGCCUUCAACACCACCUUCAUCUCCACUAUAGGAAUCGAUUUUAAGAUCAAAACAGUUGAAUUGCAAGGAAAGAAGAUAAAGCUACAGAUAUGGGAUACAGCGGGGCAGGAACGGUUUCACACCAUCACUACCUCUUACUACAGAGGGGCCAUGGGAAUCAUGCUCGUAUAUGACAUCACCAACGCCAAGAGCUUCGAAAACAUCAGCAAAUGGCUCAGAAAUAUUGAUGAGCAUGCUAAUGAGGAUGUGGAGAGGAUGCUGCUAGGCAACAAGUGUGACAUGGAGGACAAACGUGUCGUACCAAAAGCUAAGGGGGAACAGAUCGCGAGAGAACACGGGAUUCGCUUCUUUGAGACGAGUGCAAAAGCCAACAUCAACAUCGAGAAGGCGUUCCUCACGUUAGCAGAAGACAUUCUCAGAAAGACGCCCGUAAAAGAGCCCAACAGUGAAAACGUGGACAUCAGCACUGGCGGUGGAGUCACAGGAUGGAAGACCAAGUGCUGCAGUUGAACUGACACACACAGUUACUCACACACUUUACACAAACACACACACACGCACACAAUCUGUUCUUCUAUAUCCCUCUCUCUCUCUCUCUCUCUCUCUCAUAUUCACUCAUCCCUCAUUUCUGUCUAACACUCUUCCGUUCUGUCCUUCUCACGGGAUUCUCCGUAAAACACAUCUCUAACGUUUCUCACACUCACGACUGCUUGCUGACAUUUUUAUUUCUGAAAAAAAAAAACAACAAAAAAAAAAACAAAUGUAAAGAGAGAGUCAUUUCAUGUUUCUUCUUACUUACUUAUUUUAAAGUUUAAAGAAAGAAAGAAAUGAAUUUAAACAAAAAGCACAUUCACCACUACAUAGAGACCGUCAGUGGACCUGGAGACGCUGUCCGUCGGCACAGAGGAGCGGCGUAGCGUUUUAGACAAGACUUUGUCCAGUGUUUUGGGGUUAGUGUUGUGUGUUAGUGUGAGAGAUCUUCUCUAGCUGGGUUUUUUUGUUCUUUGAUUUGAUUUCUUUCGUCCGGUGCCUUAAUGUAGAGCCAUAGAGCUCACCCCCCCCAAACACACACAUUUAAACAUCACUUUUCUGUAACAGUUAUGCACACACAUACACAUACACACACACACACACACACACACACACACACACACAGGUCCUCUCCUCUCUGCUUGACCCGCUAACUCAACCCAACACGCCCGAGUGGAACCAUCCGGAUUCAACCUGUUUGCUCAGAAGAGAAUGGCAUUAUAUAUAUUUUUUGUUUUUUAAAUUUAGUUUAUUUUUCAGAAUGACUUGUUUUAUGAAUCUCCUCUGUAUGUUUUUUUUGUUUUUUGUUUUGUUUUCCUUCACUCAGUUACUCGUUCCCUCCUGCAUGCUGGUUUCUUUGGGUUUUUUGGGGUCUUUUGUAAGUUUUGCCAUGUUUGUAAUUCACAGGAAGUAUCUCUUCUAGUCCAGACACGUGUCAGGGAGGGGAGCGUUCUCUUUGGAAAUUCAAACGAUUUUGCAGAUCCAUUAAAAAUAAGCUUGUUUAAGUUACAUGUUGGUCUUGGUUAUUGAAGCAUGGACAGUUUGUAGUUGUGUGUGUGCGUGUGUUUGUGUGUUUUAAAAAGUUUUAACUCCCUCUUCCACAAAUUAAGGCCUUAAAAUGUCUUAAGAGCAAGCAGAAAGUCUUAAAUUCAUAAAGUCAUGGCAUUAAAGGUUGCUUGCAUUGCAAAAAAAUUUUUGGAAUUAUUAUUUUAUUAUUAUUUGUUUUUCCCUGAUUCAAAUAUCUAAUCAUCCUUAAAUCAAGAUGCAUUUCCUUGAGAUGCAAAAUAAAGAAGUCUUGUUUUCUGAGAAACUGAACAAAAUUAAGUGAGUUUAUGCUUAAAACAAGAAUGAAUAUGUCAGUGUAGAAUUAAAGCUCAUUUUCCCUUUGAAUUAAGUAGUUUUUUCUGAGCCCACUGGAAGAUAUUUGUUGUUUUAAUCAAAUUCGCUUCAGUUCCUCAGACAAGACUUAUUUUAUGUAAUUACUUCUCAGAUAAAUGUAUUUUGCUUUAAGAAUCUUUAGAUAUUUGCACCAAAAUGAGACAAACAUACUGAUGCAGAACACUUUUUUUUUUUUUUUUUUU